AUGUGUCCCCCGGAGCUGCAGCAGCUGUGGAAGGACGUUGCGGGUGGCGUUGCGAGCGCAGAGGAGCCGGUGAAGCACGAGGGCCUGGACCUCAGCACCAACAGCUCCAACUCUACCUCAUACUCCAACGCCAAGGCCUCACCCCAGAUCCCACACCACCCACUGUCCAACGGACAGAACCCCCUACACACUCCAAAGAGAGACCGAGCAAGACUCUUUGAGUGGAUCUCAUCCUUCACCAAGGAGAGCAGCGACGAGCAUCUCACGCCUUACUCCAAAGGCUCCAAUGCCCACGCGCCCCAUGAGGAGCACUCCGGCACACACCCCCUCUACGGACACGGAGAGUGCAAGUGGCCUGGCUGUGAGGCGCUCUGCGAGGACAUGGGACAGUUCCUCAAACAUCUGAACAGUGAGCAUGCUCUCGAUGACCGCAGUACAGCCCAGUGCCGAGUGCAGAUGCAGGUGGUGCAGCAACUCGAGAUACAGAUCCCCAAGGAGAGAGUGCGGUCAGACGCGGCCCUGAUAGAGACGUCCAGGCAGAGGAGCGUGAGCAAGAUGAGCAUGAGGUCGGGUGGAAGCCGCUACGCCACGCCACGCCACGCCGCACCGCACCGCACUUGGACACGGCGGCUGAGAGAGACGCACAAAUUAUGCAAUUUGAUUGUCGGGCGGAUCAGAGGACAGGAGUGUGUCCUGUGUUCUAAAGGGGAGGAAUGA